AUGGAAACUUCUGACCAUCACAAAAAUGUAAACAACGUUUUCUACUGCAAGGGGGAAAUAACAGGGGACGUCACACAGAAGAACUGCACUACAACCUUCCAUGGCUUCCGACAGGACAACAACGACAAGUACUUCUUCAGGCUUGAGUGUACGGAACUCACAAAGUACACUUUCGAUAAUGGGGUCACAAUUAAUGCCCAACCAGAUCUCCCCCCCUCCCUGUUGUCCUCUGGGGGUCAGGUGUCAGAGGGGGCCCAGGUCAGCCUGCAGUGUUCAGUCCCGGUGCCCUGCCACAACAUGCCCCCCUCCAUCACCUGGUCACCUGAAGACAACUCUAGUCAAAAGUCUACACAAAUGCAGAGUUUAGACGAUGGACAGAUGAUCAUGAUGACCACGCUGACCUUCAGUGCUGCAGCGCACCACAACAACCAGAGCUUCUCCUGUUCUGUGACCUACCCGCUGACAGCAGGGGGCAGCAGCCGCUCGUCUGCAACCUCUCAGAGGCUCAGCGUCCUGUAUGGUCCUAAAGACACCGUGGCAACCGUCAGCAACUCUGCCGAUGUGUUUGAGGGCCAAUCGGUGACACUCACAUGCUUCAGUGAGGCCAACCCCCCUGUGAGCCUCUACACCUGGUACAGAGACGACUUUGGAAAGCUGACUAAGAUUGGUAAAGGAAAAAAGCUGGUCCUGCAGGUCAGCCAGACGGACAGCGGGUUGUAUCUGUGUGAGGCUCAAAGUCUGAUGACAUCUCAGAGGUCCAGACCUGUAUCUCUGGAGGUCAAAACCACAACAGGCCGGAUCGAGGGUGUUGUUUUACCCUACACUAUAUGUGGAGUAUUGCUGCUCCUCUACAUUAUGACUGUUGUUGUAGAUGUGUACAAGUAUCAAGGUAUAUCCCGCAGGCUGAAGAUGAUUGAAGUGAAGGGAGAACACACCUACACUAAUAUGAGGUCCUGCAGUGACUAUGACCAACUCCAGGGAGGGUGGACUGCUCUCAUGUGGGGAGCCUACAAAGGUCAUACAGAUGUGGCCCGGAUGCUCAUGGACAAAGGAGCUAACCCCAACAUCACCGGACAGUACAGCGUCUACCCCAUUAUCUGGGCGGCAGGUCGAGGCCACGCAGAGAUUGUCCAUCUCCUGCUGCAGCACGGAGCCAAGGUCAACUGCUCGGACAAGUAUGGCACCACUCCUUUGAUCUGGGCAGCGAGGAAAGGCCACUACGACUCUGUGAUGCACCUUCUGGCCAACGGAGCUGAUGUGGACCAAGAAGGAGCCAACUCCAUGACGGCUCUGAUUGUGGCGGUGAAAGGUGGCUAUACAGAGGUCGUAAAGGAGCUGCUGAAGAGUAACCCAAACGUCAACAUGACCGACAAGGAUGGCAACACCGCCCUCGCCAUUGCUGCCAAGGACGGUCACACCGAGAUCGUACAGGACCUGCUGGAUGCCGGCACCUAUGUCAAUAUCCUGGACAGGAGUGGGGAGACGAUGCUGAUUGGAGCGGUGAGAGGAGGCCAUGUGGAGAUAGUCCGAGCUCUGCUGAACAAAUACGCUGAUAUUGACGUCAGGGGAAUGGAUGGAAAGACUGCCCUCUACUGGGCAGUGGAGAAAGGCAACGCCUCCAUGGUGAGAGACAUCCUGCAGUGUAACCCGGACACCGAGAGCUGCACUAAGGAUGGAGAGACCCCACUCAUCAAAUCCACAAAAAUGAGGAACAUAGAGAUAGUGGAACUCCUGCUGGAUAAAGGAGCCAAGGUGUCUGCAGUGGAGAAGAAAGGGGACACGCCGCUCCACAUUGCCAUCAGAGGGCGCAGCAGAAAGCUGGCUGAGCUGUUGCUGAGGAACCCUAAAGAUGGCCGCCUGCUCUACCGCCCCAACAAAGCUGGAGAAACACCAUACAACAUUGACUGCACCCACCAGAAAAGCAUCCUCACACAGAUAUUUGGAGCCAAGCACCUCUCCCCCUCUGAGUCAGAUGGAGACAUGUUGGGUUAUGACCUGUAUAGCAGUGCUCUAGCAGACAUCCUGAGUGAGCCCACCAUGCAGCCCCCGAUCUGUGUUGGCCUGUACGCCCAGUGGGGCAGCGGCAAAUCCUUCCUUCUUAAGAAACUGGAGGAUGAGAUGAAGACCUUUGCAGGCCAGCAGAUAGAGCCCUUGUUCCAGUUCUCCUGGCUGGUGGUCUUCCUCACCCUGCUGCUCUGCGGCUCACUGGCUAUGGUUCUGGGAUUUACUGUCGAUCCCCAGCUGGCAAUCGCCGUCUCCCUCAGCCUCCUCGCUCUGCUCUACAUCUUCUUCGUGUUGGUGUACUUUGGAAGUCGGCGUGAGAGGGAGAGCUGGCACUGGGCGUGGGUCAUCAGCACCCGUCUGGCUCGCCAAGUCGGUUACAUGGAGCUGCUGCUCAAACUGAUGUUUGUCAACCCCCCCGAACUUCCUGAGCAGACCACCCGCGCACUGCCUGUCAGGUUCCUGUUCACAGACUACAACCGUCUGUCCAGUGUUGGAGGGGAGACCUCCAUGGCUGAGAUGAUCGCCACGCUCUCUGAUGCCUGUGAGAGAGAGUUUGGCUUCAUGGCCUCCAGGCUCUUCAGGGUUUUCAAGAAAGAUGAGAUCCAAGGUAAGAAGUGGAAGAAAACAUGCUGCGUUCCUUCCUUCGUGCUGUUUGUCUUGACACUGGGAUGCCUGAUCACUGGUGUGGCUCUGUUGGCCAUCUUUAAGGUGGACCCUAAUAACUUCACAGUAAAUGCAGUGCUGAUAGCCAUGGCCAGUGUGGUGGGUCUGGCCUUACUGCUCAACUUCAGGACCUGGUGGCAGGUGGCUGACUCUGUCCUCAACUCCCAGAGGAAACGUCUGCACAGUGCUGCCAACAACUUAAAUAAACUCAAGAGUGAAGGGUUUAUGAAGGUUCUGAAGCAUGAAGUGGAACUAAUGUCAAAAAUGGCCAAAACCAUUGAUGGCUUUACCCAGAACCAGACACGCAUGGCCGUCAUCAUCGACGGACUGGACGCCUGUGAGCAGGACAAAGUUCUGCAGAUGCUGGACACGCAUCGGCAGUCUGAAAUGAUGCAACAUCCUGAUGCUUCCACCUAUGAGAACCCCAUCGCUCUGCAGGCCACGUUCAAAAAUACUCCUCUGUCAAAGUAA